AUAAAAAAAAUUAGGGGGGUUUUCGUGACAGUCUAGCACCACUGAUGUGGUCAGAGCUGAGGUAUAAAUGAAGCUCCUCAACAGUGCACCCCCUUUCACUCCACUUGAAGAUAGGCGAGACAACUUUAUCAUCAGAAUCACUGUUGUCAACUGAAACAAAGACAUGGUGACAAUCAAAGCCAUGGUGAUGGUGAUCGCACUCACUAUUUGUCUGACUGCGAACAGUUCUGACGGCUAUCGUUACUGCUGUCGAAGAUAUAUGACAGGCCGAUUACGAGAUGUUGAAAUUAAGGGGUACUCAGUCCAGACUAUUAAGGAGAUGUGUCCCAUUGAUGCCAUCAUUUUCCACACAAAGAAGGGGAAAGCAUGCGCCAAUCCAGCUCUGAAGUGGGUGAUGGACGCUGUUGAUCGUUUAAG